GGAGGCUAGUAAGUUCCCGCCUAUUCCUGUCACGGCUGCUGCUGAAGGGCGCUGAGGCGCAUGCGCACUAGCUCCGCAAUUAUGCCGUCUUUCUGUUCGCUUUGGCGCCAAGCGAGUGUGCGGCUGGGGGCGCGCGGAGUUCCAGCACAAAGUGGCCAUUGCGCAUGCCCAUAAUGGCCGCCCGGGGGUCUCCUCACGCAGGUGGCGGUUGGGUGGUUGUCACCUCAGGUGUGUCGCGCAGGGUGGCCGGCUUCCCCCCACGGCAGGCCAUACCCAGGGGGAGCCUCUCAUAAAUGGCGUUGUUGAGGGUUCUCUGGUGGGAGUGUUCUGGAGCUUGCCAGAAAUCGAUACAAAAGAGGAAGUUAAAAGCUUUUCUAGAGAAUUGGAAAAUUGGCUCUGAGCGCUGGGGGUGUGAAAGGAGUAUUCUUGUAUUCACUGGGACGUGAAGUUCCAGGCGUUUAGGGAAACAUUAACUUGAGUUCUGGUAUCAGCUGGGGCUAAAAGGUUAGAAAGCACUUUGGAGAAAACAGUAUAAAUAGGCGUAAACAGCAAUGCAAAUUCCUGUUUUUACGGUUGAUGCUUUUACAAAUCGUCCGUUUUCUGGAAAUCCUGCUGCAGUUUGUCUGCUUGAAAAUGACUUGGAUGAAGAUUUGCACCAAAAAAUUGCAAUGGAAAUGAACCUUUCAGAAACUGCUUUCGUCAGAAAAUUGCACCCCGGAGAUGACUUAACCAGAAGUUCCUGCUUUGGACUCAGAUGGUUCACCCCAGCCAGUGAAGUUCCUCUCUGUGGUCAUGCUACACUUUCAGCAGCUGCUGUGUUGUUUCACAUACAAAAAAACAAAAAUUCAGUUCUCACAUUUGUGACGCUGAGUGGAGAAUUAAGAGCCAGACAAGUGGAAGAUCAUAUUGUCCUAGACUUACCACUUUACUUAACCUACCCACAGGUACUUCAGGAAGUAGAAGAGUUAGUAAAGGUAGCCAUUGGUGACAUGAUUGUUCAAGAUCUUCGUUACUCUCCUGACACAAAGAAACUCUUAGUCCGCCUCAGUGAUGCUUAUGAAAGGUCUGUGUUGGAAGAGCUACAAGUGAGUGCACAGCACUUUUUGUCAGCUGAAAAGACGGGAAAGGUGAAAGGACUCAUAAUCACUCUUAAGGGAAAUUCCAGUGGAAAACAUGAAGGCCAUGAUUUUUACUCCAGAUAUUUUGCACCUUGGUAUGGAGUUUUGGAAGACCCUGUUACAGGAUCCGCCCAUGCUGUCUUAAGUAGCUACUGGUCAGAGCAGCUCGGGAAGAAAGAAAUGCUUGCUUUUCAAUGUUCCCGCCGUGGAGGAGAGUUGAAGAUUUCACUGCGUAACGAUGGAAGAGUUGACAUUGCAGGGCGAGUUGCUAUUAUUUUAAAAGGAAACCUGACUUUUUGAAAAAAAAAAAACAAACCAAAAAACC